AGGAUGUCUCAUGAGGAACAUGAAAUGGUGGACGAAACAAGAAACCGAACAACCCAAGCGGAACGAACUGCAUGCAUGCGCCGUGCUUGCAACGUGAUGUCAACAUGCUCUACCGCCUUCGUUGUCGGCGCGAUCAUGCUACUUCACAUUGGUUGUGUGGCAGGAAAUCCCAACGACAAGCUUCAGACUGCAAUUCAUGCGAAAUCUGCUCCUUCCUCCGCUGCUGAAGUUGCUCGGGAGAUAUCGGCGAAAGCACAGAAACUGCAGAGCGAGAUCUCGAGCAUCCAUGCGAACAUGGGGAGCGCAGACGACAAGUUGAACUCGAUCAAAGAGCUCAAGUCAAAGCUUGCGACCAAGACUGUGAAGGGCAACGAGUUGGCCGAUGCAGAGGAGAAGGUGCAAAAGAUGAAAGCAGCAGUUCAUGCAGCUGCCAUGAUCAAACAGAACGCCAUUCAUCACCUCGCUCUGUCUCACUCGGCUGGACCUCGCAACACAGGCGGCCAGCCUAUCUACCCCAAGAAACUCACGCUACAUGCGAGUGGAUUGUUCGCAGACGGGCCUUACGUCAUCAUGGCCGUGCUGGCCACAAUCCUCCUCACCUUCUGCUUCUGCGCAUUUUCUUCUCGUCCAACGUCGAUGAGCGGCAAAUACGACAUGCGGCGAUAGGGCAGAGUUUCCUCGGUAGCUUGGAAGCGAUUGAAUGAACUUGUCUGAAACGG